CGUGAGCUGCUUCGAGGAAGAAAAGGGGGGGCAAAACUCGAACCGAGGCAGAGGUGCACUGGGGCUGGUACCGGGGCGGGGUGCCUUCCUACGGGCGCCCGGCGGCCCAAAGCCCUUGGAGCGAGAACUCCUUCCAAAACACACGCGCUCUCGCCAGACCUGCCGGCCUUUAGCGGUUCCUGGGGUGUUUCGGGCGUUCACGCCCGUAAUUACUGCUGCUUUUCUUUCCGCCCGCCGUAACGGUGAGAGGCAGAAGGCAGUGGAUUGAAGAUUUUACUCCACCUCCCUUGGGAGCAGCCUCCUCAUAGUUCCCACUCGAGUUAAGACAUUUUUUAUUGCAAGAAAUUUGCAUUUUCGCCUGUGGAGAGUGGGGUUCAUUACGAGGCUACGCAGGGAAAGAAACCUCUAAUCCAUUAGGCGCCCAGCUCUUCCUCCUCUUGCUAAGGUUCGUGCUCUGCGCUCGAGGGCUGCAUUUUGGUGUCUGUUUCUUUGUUCAUUGGCUCAAUUUUCUUGCUCUUAUCUAAUACUCUUUUUUUCUUUUUAAUUUCUGGAAUGUUUCACAUAUAAAAUACAGAGGGGGCUCUAACCAAUCCGUGACUCAAAGAUUUACAGAUGGAAUUAUUUUGCCAAAUUUGCUUCAGAUCCUCUAUAAGAAUAAAAUAAAAUUACUGAUAUUGGAGGUGCUAUCAGUUCCUCCCCCACCUUUCCUAGCGGUGUCGACCGUGCUCAGGUUUGUGUGUAUUCCCUUGUAUAUUUUAUACCUGGAUCACCGUGAAUCCAUUCACAAUAUAUAGUAUUGUGCAUUUGAAUUUUAAUGGUGUUAAAUGAUAUGUAUCUUUUUUUGCAACUUGCUUUUUUUCACUCAGCAUCACAUUUUGAUAUUUAUAUGUGAAUAAAUUGGAUAAUUAUGUUAUCUUUGGCUCAUUCAUGUUAAUUGCUGGUAUAGAAUUCCAUUGUAUGAAUAUACCAUAAUUUAUCCAUUUUCCUGUUGAUGGACUUUGAAGUUGUUUCUGGUUUUGGAUACUUAAAAUCAAUCCUGCAAUAAACAUCUUUGUACUUGUCUGCUCGCGCACACUUGGAAGUUUCUCUAGGAAAUAAAUACACCUAGUAGUAGAUUUGCUGCAUAGUAGGAUAUGUGCAUCUUCAGCUUAACCAAUUAUUACAGAAACUCUCCAAGUGGUGGUACUGAUUUUCACUCUCAGUGGUAUUGAGUGAGGACACCCAUUUCCUCACAUCGUUGCUAACACUUUCUGUUAUUGGACUUACAUUUUUGCCUUCUCUUUACUGACCAGCUUCCAUAUAUCUUUAGCUUGCAGCUCAAUUUGCUUGCCAGCCACCUUGGCUUCUGCGAUAGCCCUGUGUCAGCUUAUGGGUUCAUCUCUCACAGCUAACUGGCUCAGUCUUAUUUCAUUUGGUCCCUAAGAUUAAUUCCAAAAAACGUUUAUUUUGUACCUGAUUAUGUCAGUUCCUAUGGAUAAUGUAAAGAUAGUAAUUUCCAUGGUAUGUUACAUGUAUCUCUAGUAGCUGGUGAGGUGAUUUUAAUUAAAAAAUAUUUUAAUAUGAUAAGUGGUUUUUAAAUUUUUUCUUCUUAAUGUAAUAUUUAAUGCAUUUAAAUAUAUGUACCAUAUAUAUAAAUUGUGAAGCAAAACAAUAAAAUGAACUGUCAAUCUAUUACUGAUCCAAGAAUCAAUGACCAAUACUGAAUAUGUUCCUCUCUAGUGACUACUAUUCUAAAUUGUGUGUAUGUCGUUCUUUGCUUUUAAAAUUCUUUUUCAGAUAUGUAUCUAUCUCUUGACAAUGUAUUGUAUGUUCUCUGAUAUUUUAAGUUAAAACACUGGAUACAGUUUUCUGGGACUUGUUUAUGUCACUUGGUGUUAUGUUUUUAAUAAUCACUAAGGUUUGAGUUUAGAUGUUAAGUUACUAAUUUUCACUGCUGUGUGAUAUUCCACGGUGAAUAUAACACAGUGAAUGCAUUCUUUUGUUAAUGGACAUUUUGAUUGAUUUUUUUUUUUACCAUUAUGAAGAUUUUUAUACAUCCAUCUAGUACAGUGUUGCAAGAAUUUCCCUAAUUCUCAUACUGGGGUAUAUGACCCCCAGGAGAGGAAUGAAAAUCUUUGAGGAAUACUUGGGCACAAGUGAUGUUAAUGAAUCAAUUUACAAAUCAUUAACUUACAAAUGUAUGCUUUCCUAAAAUUGGUAAUGCGGGAGGCCUGUGAUAGAGUCUUCCCACUGGCUCAGCUCUCCCACCUUCCCUUUCACAGUAAUAACUUCUACCCUAAGAAAGGCAUAGCACUCACACACGGAAGCUUUACAGGGCCCUCCAUAGACCCAAGUGGAAAAAUUCCAUGAAAAACACAAGGAUAACUUAAAAUGCAGUGUACAAUGUCAGGGAAAGCCUCAUUUAAUCCAGGCACCGCCCCAUCCAUCUCCUCAAGAGCUGAAUUUCCAACAAAAUUUCCCUUUUUAUGAUUAAUUUUUAUUGUACGUAGUUAUUUUUGAACAAUUGUAUGCUUAUCAUUUAAGCCAGUGCUGUUUCAUUUUAAAAUGUUACUAUAUCAGAAAUUCAUUCUUUGCAAUUUAAACUUAAAUGUUUUAGAUGUAAUUUUUAAAAGCAUUUUGGUGGUUUUUGAGCAAAAAAAAAGUUGGAAUAACCACUGUGUUAAGUUAUUUGCUAGAAGUGCAAUUGCUGGGUAAUGGGAUAUGAAUAGUCAACUCUACAGAAUGAUACCAAGUUUUCUGCAGAAGUGUUUGUACUAGCUUCUACUUUGGGGAGCAGUUUUGACCAGCAGUGUCUAAGAUUUAAAGUUGAUUUACACCUCUCAAACACUUGUUAUCAUCAAAUGGAUUAUGAAGUGAUGUGCCAUUGUAGUUUUAAUUUGCCUUUAUUUGAUUACGAAUGAAAUUGAGCAUCUUUUGUUUGCAAGCCCUUCGUGUUUCCUUUGUGAAAUAUCUAGCCAUGUCUCUUACCCAUUUUUUUCUGUUGUGUUACCCUUCAAAACUAAUUGACUGAAAACACUGAUCAUAUACAUUGUAAAUUUCUAAUUCCAGUUCCCAUCCUGUCUUUUUCACUUUUAUGGUGUAUUUUGGUGAACAGAAGCUCUUAAUUUUAAUGUACUUAAUGGCAUACCUUCCCUGCCUUGGGGUUAUAGAGACAUUUUCCUUUGUUUCUUUUCAGAAGCUUUUAAAAUAUUUUUCACACCUUCAGUUCAUAAUCCACCUGCAGUUGAUUUUUGUGUGUGGUGUGCGAUAGUGAUCCAUUCACCCCCCCAUGUUGGUGUAGUUGUCCUCCUGCCAUGUACUGGAUUGGCCUUCUGCUCACCUGUCAUCUGCUGCACCACCUCUUUUACACCAUUCGUUUCUGUACGUUCCUGGCUCCUCAUUCUGUGUCACUUGUCCAUUUUCUCCCUCUGUGCUGCUAACACACUGUUGUAAUGACUCAUGAUGUAGUUUUGUCAGAAGUCUUGAUACCUGGUGGACUUGAGUUUCAGCUUUCUUGGACCUUUGUUCUUGUUUUAAGAAUCAGCUUGUCACGUGACAUGAAAAACCCUUUGGGAAUUAAUUGGAAUUGAUUGGCUCAAUUUGGGGAAGAAUUGAAAUCUUUAAGAUUUUGAGCCUUCCUGUCUGAGAACAUGGAUGGUACGCUAUGGAUGAUUUUGCCCUGGGAGAUUUCACUGUAGCAGAUUAUGCCUUGUUAGAUGAUGGCCGUUCCAUGGACGAUUGUGUGUUUGCUCCUGAAUUUACAUCCAGUGAUUAUGUUCGUGUGACUCAACUUUACUGUGAUGGGGUGGGUAUGCAGUAUAAAGAUUAUAUCCAAAGUGAGAGAAACUUAGAAUUUGACAUCUGCAAUAUGUGGUGCAGUAAGCCAAUUUCUGUCUUGCAAGAUUACUGUGAUGCUAUUAAAAUAUACAUCUUCUGGCCACUUCUGUUUCAACGUCAACACAGUUCUAUAAUAUCACGGUUGCACCCCUGUGUGGAGGCCAGCAAUCAUGCUUCUGAGAUAAGUUUGAAAAAAUUACAACAUCUUGAGUUGAUGGAAGAUAUUGUGGAUUUGGCAAAGAAAGUUGUGAAUGAUCCAUUCUUUAUUGGAGGCUUAUUGAGAAUUGGUUAUAAAAUAGAAAAUAAAAUCUUGGCAAUGGAAGAAGCUUUGAAUUGGGUGAAAUACACAGGCGAUGUAACAAUUCUACCUAAAUUAGGAGCGGUUGACAAUUGUUGGCCUAUGUUAAGUAUUUUCUUUACAGAAUAUAAGUAUCACAUAACUAAAGUUGUAACAGAAAACUGCAAUUUGCUUGAAGAAUUUAAAACUCAAAAUUGUGCGGAAUGUAUAGAGCAAGGAGAACUAAUGAAAAUGAAAGGAAAUGAAGAAUUUUCCAGAGAAAGAUUUGAUAUAGCUAUUAUCUAUUACACCAGAGCCAUUGAAUAUAGACCUGAAAAUCACCUUCUUUAUGGUAACCGAGCUCUUUGUUUUCUUCGCACUGGCCAGUUUAGAAAUGCACUUGGUGAUGGAAAGAGAGCCACUAUUCUGAAGAGCAGUUGGACAAAGGGUCAUUAUCGUUAUUGUGAUGCUCUUUCUAUGCUGGGGGAAUAUGACUGGGCCCUGCAAGCAAACAUAAAAGCUCAAAAACUCUGUAAAAAUGACCCUGAGGGAAUCAAGGAUCUAAUUCAGCAGCAUGUAAAGUUACAAAAACACAUAGAAGACCUGCAAGGUCGAACACCAACUAGGAAUCCAAUUAACGCCUUUUACGAAAGCAGGGCCUGCAUACCUAGUUUAGCAGCACCUGCUUUUAGUACUUCACUUAACUUUGUGGAGACCAAAAAAUAUUCCAGAAAAACUAACCGCGAAAUGGCAAACGGUCGUAAUCAAAAUCUAAAGGUGGUAGAUGAGGCUUUGAAGGUAGAUGAUUGUGACUGUCAUCCUGAACUUCUACCUCCAUCAGCUCCACCUCCAAAAUAUAAAGGAAAACAAAAAUCCAGAAACAAUGAAUUGGAUAAGUUCAGUUCUAAUUCACAAGUGAGUUUACCAGUCGAUUUGAAAACCAUCUUGGAAAAACAGUUUUCUAAAUCUUCCAGAGCUGCACAUCAGGAUUUUGCUAAUAUAAUGAAAAUGCUGAGAAGCUUGAUCCAGGAUGGCUACACGGCUUUGCUGGACCAGCGCUGCCGCAGUGCUGCACAGGCCUUCACAGAGUUGCUCAAUGGCUUAGAUCCUCAAAAAAUAAAGCAAUUGAACCUCGCCAUGAUUAACUAUGUUUUAGUAGUCUACGGACUUGCUAUUUCUCUCCUGGGAAUAGGACAGCCUGAGGAAUUAUCUGAAGCUGAAAACCAAUUUAAGAGGAUGAUUGAACACUACCCAAAUGAGGGACUUGAUUGCUUGGCCUACUGUGGAAUUGGAAAAGUAUAUUUGAAAAAAAACAGAUUUCUGGAAGCUCUUAAUCACUUUGAGAAAGCAAGAACCUUGAUUUGCCGACUUCCUGGAGUAUUGACUUGGCCCACAAGUAAUGUGAUUAUUGAAGAGACUCAGCCAGGGAAAAUAAAGAUGCUUUUGGAAAAAUUUAUUGAAGAAUGCAAGUUCCCUCCAGUGCCAGAUGCCAUUUGUUGCUAUCAGAAGUGCCGUGGCUAUUCCAAAAUCCAGAUCUACAUCACUGAUCCAGACUUUAAGGGUUUUAUACGAAUUAGCUGUUGUCAGUACUGUAAAAUAGAAUUUCACAUGAACUGUUGGAAGAAGUUAAAGACAACAACCUUUAAUGAUAAAAUUGACAAGGACUUUUUACAAGGAAUUUGUCUUACCCCUGACUGUGAAGGAAUCAUUUCUAAGAUUAUCAUUUUCAGCAGUGGUGGUCAAGUUAAAUGUGAAUUUGAACACAAGGUCAUAAAAGAAAAGGUUCCUCCAAGACCUAUUCUGAAACAGAAAUGUUCUAGCCUAGAGAAGUUAAGACUGAAAGAAGACAAAAAAUUGAAGAGAAAGAUUCAAAAGAAGGAAGCAAAAAAAUUAGCACAAGAAAGAAUGGAAGAGGACUUACGGGAGAGUAAUCCACCCAAAACUGAAGAGCAAAAAGAAACUAUAGACAAUGUUCAGAGUUGCCAGUUCCUUGAUGACAGAAUUCUGCAGUGCAUAAAGCAGUAUGCUGACAAGAUUAAAUCUGGUAUACUGAAUACUUCCAAGCUUCUCAAAGAGCUGCUUUCUUGGAAGGUCUUAAGCACAGAAGACUAUACUACAUGUUUCUCUAGCAGAAAUUUUCUAAAUGAAGCAGUGGACUAUGUCAUCUGUCACUUAAUUCAAGAGAAGAAUAGAGUAAAGACAAGAAUAUUUCUGCAUGUUCUGAGUGAACUUAAAGAAGUAGAGCCAAAACUGGCUACCUGGAUCCAGAAACUUAAUAGCUUUGGCUUAGAUGCUACAGGACCAUUUUUUUCUCGUUAUGGAGCAUCUCUCAAGGAGCUUGAUUUUAGCAUCAUGACUUUUCUCUGGAAUGAGAAGUACGGUCAUAAACUAGGUUCUAUAGAAGGAAAGCAGCUUGAUUAUUUCUAUGAACCAACAUCACUGAAGGAAGCACGAUGUUUGAUAUGGCUGCUAGAAGAACACAGAGAGAAGUUUCCAGCCCUACACAAUGCUUUAGAUGAAUUCUUUGAUAUAAUGGACAGCCGCUGUACUGUGCUCAGGAAACAAGACAGUGGUGACGUGCCUUUUAAUUCUACCAAGAUUAAAAACAAAGGCAAGAAAAAGAAGCCAAAAGAUUCAAAGCCUCUGUUAGUUGGGUCUGGAACAACGUCGGUAACUCCAAAUAAUGAGACUAUUACUUCAAAUGAAGACCAUAAGCGCAAUUCAAAUUCUGCAGGCCCAUUUGUAGUGCCUGACCAUCUUCGGCAAGAUGUAGAAGAAUUUGAAGCCCUCUAUGAACAGCAUACUAAUGAAUAUGUUCUCCGUAAUAAGAAGCUAUGGGACAUUAAUCCAAAACAGAAAUGUUCGACUCUCUAUGAUUACUUCUCACAGUUGUUGGAGGAACAUGGUCCCUUGGACAUGAGUAAUAAGAUGUUCUCUGAAGAAUAUGAAUUCUUCCCAGAAGAAACUCGACAGAUCCUAGAAAAAGCAGGAGGCUUGAAAUCUUUUCUCCUGGGAUGUCCUCGUUUUGUUGUGAUUGACAAUUGUAUUGCAUUGAAGAAAGUUGCAUCACGACUCAAGAAAAAGAGAAAGAAGAAAAACAUUAAGACAAAAGUAGAAGAAAUUUCAAAAUCUGGAGAAUAUUUACGAGUUAAACUACCACUAAAUCCAGCAGCUAGGGAAUUUAAACCAGAUGUAAAAGUCAAAUCUGUAUCAGAUUUAUCUUCAGCACCAACUUCUGAGGAGCCCAAACCAGUAUCUGCUAAUUCUCCCAAACCAGCUGAUGAGACCCUGAAGCCAAAACCUGUAUCUGAUAAUCCUCCCGGAGUAGUUCCUGAGGAUGUGAAGCCCAAAGGGGUCCCUCCCAAUUCUCCCACACCAGUUCCUGAGGAUGUGAAACCAACAACCUAUUGGACUCAACCCCAGAUAGUCACAGGAUACUGUACUUACCUCCCCUUUCGGGGAUUUGACAUUACCCAGACACCACCCACAUACAUUAAUGUAUUGCCGAGCUUGCCCCAGUACACUAGCAUUUACACACCUCUGGCUGUUUCUUCUGAAUAUCAGCUGCAAAGAUCAGUGCCAGUGGUGCCGUCCUUCGUAGCCAGUGAAAGACCAGAUCAAAAUGCUACUGCAUAUUUUGAGGGUCAGCAUUUGCCUGUUGAGAAUGCCCCUGGUAACCAGAUCGCCUGUGAAACACAGAUCUGUCGUAACUCCUCAGAAAUGCCAGUGGAGUCACAGUGCAGCACAGAGAGUACUGGUAUAGCCCAGAGCACCUCUGAGGGGAGUGAUGGUCACUGUGGAGAUGCUGCCAGCAAGUUGGAAGAAAACCCAGAAAGUGCAAACGAAGUAACAAAUAGUCCACUUGCAAAAAUGGUUGCCAUACAGGUGUCUUGGAAUAUAAUGCAUCAAGGUGUCAAUACUGAGCCAUAUGAUCCUUUUGAGGUACAACAGGGGGGUAUUUCACAGAUUGAAAGGGAGUACCAGGUUUUGCAAGAGCAGUUAAAGGAAGCAUGUGAAAAUUAUGAACAGAGAAAACUCAAGGGCGCAGAAGAGACCAGGGACCUGGAAGAAAAGUUGACAAGGAACUUGGAAGAAAACAAGAUUUCAAAGACGGAAUUAAAUUGGUUCUUCCAAGAUUUGGAAAAGGAAAUUAAAAAAUGGCAACAGGAGAAAAAAGAAAUCCAAGAAAAACUGAAGUCUCUGAAGAAGAAAAUGAAAAAGGUCUUAAAUGCCAGUGAAAUGUAUCCCCAGAAAAGUGACGAACAGGAUGAGAAACAUGAGUUACUUCCGGAUCAGUCUCUUGAAAUCAGUAAUACAUUUACAAAUGAGAAAUUGAAAAUAGAAGGCUCUAUCAAGAAAGGGAAAGAGAAUUAUGAAGAGAGUCUUCAAAGAGCUGUGGCUGCAGAGGUGUCUGUGCUCGAAAACUGGAAGGAGAUGGAAGUGUUUAAGUUACAGAUCAUGGACUCACAAGCUGAAGCGUAUCUUAAGAACCUGAAGCUACUGAGCAGUGAUUCUGCAGCAUAUCCUGACAUAGAGUCUGACAUGCAUUCCUGGGAAUCCUUUCUUACCAGUGUUAGAGAAGAAACUGAGAAAGCAAAGUCUCAAUUUGAAGACCAAAUUAAGGCAGUUAAAAGAGGUUCUCGACUCAGUGAACUUCCUAAAGUGCAGAUUUCUGAGCUUUCAUUUCCUGCCUGUGGCACAGCUCGCCCUCAGUUUGUUCCUGAGUCUUCAGGCCACGAUGAUCAAGGCUCUUCUACUUCUGCAAGUCAAGAGUCCGGAAACCAGACUACAGCUCCCAAGGAUUCAAGUGCUGGCCCAGCGGGGACACCCUCUCUGCUGCCAGGACCACCCUGCAGCCCGCCAGAAGUCACUGCGCUGCCCGAGGCAGAGAGCACUGACCAGGCUCCUGGGCCAGAAAUGAGCCUUGGGGCCGAUCAGAAACUGCCUGCUCCUCCAGCUUACGCUCACGCAAGCCAGUCUCCCAAGAAGCCAUUCAACAGUAUUAUCGAGCACUUGUCUGAGGUCUUCCCCUGUUACAGCAGCACUGACCUUGCUGGUUUUAUUAAAAAAGUGCGAAACCAAAACAAGAACUCACUAUCAGGAUUGAGCAUUGAUGAAAUCAUCCAAAGGGUGACAGAACAUGUUCUAGAUGAAGAAAAAAAGCAAAAUCCCGGCAAGGACAGGAGAUCCUCUGAGCCCAGCUCUGCUGCUUCUGUGACCAAGGCCUCGCAGGGUGCCCCCUCAGAGGCUGUUGAAGCAGCACCACACCCCACGGAGCCGAAGGCAGAGGCUGCCCCUAUCUUGGGUACAGAUUCCUGUGAAAUAUGCCAUGAAGUGUUCAAAUCCAAAAAUAUGCGUGUGUUAAAAUGCGGGCACAAGUUUCACAAAGGGUGCUUCAAGCAGUGGCUGAAGGAGCAGAGCACUUGCCCAUCCUGCCCGCAUCGUGAUCUGUCAGAGGAGUAGCCUGUACCCACCAGAAGAGGCCUGCUGUUCUAGGUAGCCACACUUCACUGAGAAAUAACGUACUAGUUUGCCAAAUUGAAAAGUAACAGCAUUCUACCUUUGGUAUAAAAUAGACAUUUAAGAUUCUUUGCACUGUGAAACACAGUGCUAAUAAUUGGAAAUCUUUAAUGUAGUUGGUAGUAAUUUCCGCACGGAUGAAACACUGCGAUCAUAGCCUAAUGGUGGUCAGUAAGUGGUGUGGCCACAUGUACGUAUUGUUGGGGCUUGCUACAGAGGUGCUGUCUGAGAUGAAAGUCUCUUGUAUGAGUGCCUCAGAGCAGUACUUGACCUAUUCAGAUGCCCCAAGUUAAACUUUUUAUUAAGAGCCAGUAUUCCUGAAAAUAUGCCCACAUUUUUCCUUAAAGAUUUUGAAUUUUAAAAAUGGGCUUAAGCUAACCACGUUUUAAUAAUUUGUAGCUAACAGUAAAAUAUUGGCUGACUUAGAACAAAAGAUUCAAAUCCCCUUUUCAUGAAAUGCCGUGUCAUUUUGAUUCUUCAUUUUAUUGUUUUAGAUUCCACCGAGUAGAUUAGUAAAGUGUUUAUUUUUCAUCUUUCAAAGAUGUGAUCUGGUUUUUGAAAAUUGAUUACAAAACACUUUAUUUGUAUCAACUAAUACCUUUUUACCCCUAAAAUCAAAGCUGUGUUUUCAUUAUACCAACCUCACAUUUAGAACUUCCUUGAAUACUGUUCUCCCUACUGAUGUUUUCCUUCCUGUGUUAGUUGGUAAUAAGUGUUUGGUUACCUCGCAAUCUAGCACACACUGGCACUGGGGGACGGCCCCCAUCACUGCCCUUCCUGUGCACCACCAAACAGACAUGGUGUAACAGAUGUGCUGGGGUGUCCCUGUCACAGUCACUCUGCAUUUGACAUUGGUGUGAAGUGAUGCAUGCAGCUGUUCACAGUGGCUGAGAACUGAUCUCUGACUACAUCAGAAACUCAAAAAUUAUGUGUCUUUAUAAAGUGACUUACAGUCAGUAAUAAAUGUAGAGAUGUGAAUUUUGGACACAUUCCAUUUCUCUCAAACAGAAAGAAUCAAAAAUGUUUUUUAGUGUGUUGUUUCUCUGUAAUUCAGUGUCCCAAGCUCCGGAGCUGAUUGGUCCCUUCCUUUUCCUUGGCUCACCAUGAGUUUUGAUGUCUUAGUGACUUAGUCCCCACACGCUCCCUCCAUAUUUUGAAGUAGAAUUUCCAGGCGGGUUCCUAAAAUCUUGUCUGUGUGUUCCUGUCAGCUGAGAACUGUGGCUGUUAAGAUCGAGGGACCAGUUCUUACUAUCAGGCACAAAGGAAAAGCAGCAGCUCCCAAGUGAGAGGACAGAUUUUGUAUAUAACUUCACGCAAACACUUGUGAACUUGCUUCACACAUGUCUAGUGAGUGUUAAAAUAAAGAGCAUCUAAAGUAACUGCAGCCGUUUACUGUCAUGUUUGUG